UUGAACUUCAACUCUUUCCAUUUUCCACUUUACAUUCCUUCCUCUAUCCGAUUCCCGAUCGCUACUUCACUUCGAUUCCCGAGUGUUUCCGCGAAAGUAUUGGGGAUUGGGGAUUGCUGAUUGUUUCCACUGUUCUUCUACUUUUUCGGCUUUGAACAGUUGAAUUUUCGGAUACUUGGAGCUGUUGUAAUCGCUUUUGGUCUGAACAAGUUUGAAUUCUCUUUUGUCUUCUUCUGAGCUUUGUGUGAGAAAGUUGAAAGAAUCGGAUUUAGCACUGUGUUUUUUGUUGUUGUGCUGGAUUCGGAACUAUCUGUUUUCUAUCCCUAGGGUUUCUCGAACCCGGGUUUUGAAGCGACUUGUUUGGGUUUCUUAACUUGUGUGGAAGUGGUUUUGUGAAGCUUUCGAGGAAGUGAAAACGCUGUUGUUUUCGUGGAAUUAUUGGUCUGGAAUCUAGGGCUUUUUGGCUUUGGAGUUGAACUGGAAGGGAGCUGUGGGAAGUGGCUGCUGAUUUGAUUAAAAUUAAAAGGUUUUCGAUUGUUAUUGGAGAUGUGAAUAUUGGUUUGUUCUUAUGUGAUUGAUGAUUCGAUGUAUGAACUAUUGUGAUUGAGAUUUGAAACUUGAUGGUUUGGGUGAUUGUUGCUUUUCGGUAACGUUGUUGGAGGCUGUCCGUACUAUGGAUAUCGAUUCUGCUGGAGAUGGUAUUGGUACCUGUUUGGAUCCUGAACUGUUGCAGCUUCCUGAGUUAUCACCUUUGGCCCUAAAAUCAAACCCUUCAAUUGCUGAUGACUUGUUUGAUCAAUGGCUUUCCCUUCCCGAAACUGGGCGACUGGUAAAGUCUUUAAUUGAUGAUGCGAAGGCAGGCACUCCCAUUAAUGCUGUUGGGAACUCGAACGCUGCCGGGGGCAAUACCUUGCCUUCUAUGUUUCCUGCUGCCAGCACUCCUCCACUUUCUCCAAGAAGUUCAUCUGGGUCUCCACGCUUUUCAAAGCAACGAAGCAGUCCUCCUCUUGGCUCGCCACUUAAGUUGGUCACUGAACCAGUGCGAGAAGUCAUUCCUCAGUUCUAUUUCAAAAAUGGGCGUCCACCACCAAAGGAACUAGAGGAACAGUUUUUUUCUACGAUUGAUGACUUCUUCAAGAAUCAUCCAGAUGGAUUGCGAUUGCAUGAAUUUAAGCCGCUUACAAAGGAACUAUGCAAGCUGCCAACAUUUUUCUCCACUGCACUUUUCAGGAAGAUUGACACGGAUUGCACAGGGAUAGUGACCAAGGAUGGAUUCAUAAAAUACUGGGUUGAUAGCAAUAUGCUGAUUAUGGAUACUGAGACUCAGAUUUUUAAACUUUUGAAGAGGCAGAAUUGCAAUUAUCUUUCUCAGGUAGACUUCAAACCUGUUCUUCAAGAGCUUUUGGCAACCCAUCCAGGGUUGGAGUUCUUAAAGGGCACACCUGAAUUUCAAGAAAGAUAUGCUGAAACAGUCGUAUUUAGAAUAUUUUACUACAUCAAUAGAGCAGCAAAUGGCCGCCUUACACUUAGGGAGCUUAAGCGAGGAAAUUUGAUUGAUGCAAUGCAGCAUGUAGACCAGGAAGAGGAUAUCAACAAAGUUCUGAGAUACUUUUCGUAUGAGCACUUUUACGUUAUAUACUGUAAAUUCUGGGAGCUGGACACUGACCAUGAUUUCUUGAUUGACAAAGAGAACCUCAUAAGAUACAGUAAUCAUGCCCUUACCUACAGAAUUGUCGAUAGGAUAUUUUCACAGGUUCCGCGGAAGUUUACUAGCAAGAUUGAAGGGAAGAUGGGGUAUGAAGAUUUUGUUUAUUUUAUGCUGUCAGAGGAGGAUAAGUCUUCUGAACCAAGCCUUGAGUACUGGUUCAAGUGCAUAGAUUUGGAUGAGAAUGGAGUCCUGACACCCAAUGAAAUGCAAUUCUUUUACGAGGAACAGCUGCAUCGUAUGGAAUGCAUGGCCCAAGAACCUGUUUUAUUUGAGGAUAUUUUAUGUCAGAUAGUUGAUAUGAUUUCACCAGAGAAGGACAAUUGUAUCACGCUACGAGACUUGAAACGAUGCAAACUUUCAGGAAAUGUCUUCAAUAUCCUUUUCAAUCUGAUUAAAUUUAUGUCGUUUGAGAGCCGUGAUCCAUUUCUCAUCCGACAGGAACGUGAGGAUCCAUCUUUAACAGAGUGGGACCGCUUUGCACACAGAGAGUAUAUCAGGCUCUCUAUGGAGGAAGAUGGUGAAGAUGCCUCAAAUGGAAGUAUAGAAGUUUGGGAUGAAUCGCUUGAGGCCCCAUUUUAAGUUCAAUGACAGAUGAGUUUAUUCUAAGGUUAGAUGGCUAUAAGAAAACUGUGACACAUCUUGGACAUUUUUCCUCUAGUGUGAAAAAUAAACACUUGUGGAAAUUGCUCCAUGGAACUACUCAUCAGGGGUUGCAAACUCCCUUUUGCUCACAUUUUAAGCAAAGUAGGGGGUGUUGAGGGGCUAUGAUGAGAACUCAUUGUUAAGGGCACAGUUGCCGUCUUGACGAUUAUUUAUUGCCGAACAGGUAACAAACAGCAGUCCGUUACUAUUGUUAUCACAGCAGCUACCUACACCAGUCCAGAAUCAGGUUUAUCGCCGGUCUUCUUGUUCUCGCCUCUUCUUUUUUCUUUCUGUAUGAUCUUGAAACUUUACACAGGUUCUUAUGAGUUGGAAGUUAUUUGAUUGAAUUUGUUUAUAAGAGAAAAAGAAAAAUAGCUUAAAAAAAAUGAGUUGGAAAGAUUUGAAACUCUUUUUGUAAUUCAUUAGUGCUUGUCGUCCCUUGCAUAUAUAUGGCUUAGCGUUUGCGUUAAAUUAUUUAUGCCCUUAUUAUGGUACUUCAAUAAGCAAGCUUUGUAAAUGUGUUUUGUACAAAGUCUAUGUUGAGGAUGCAUUGACCCCUUAUUUUAA